AUGUUCCGCCUCCCAGUCGUCGCGCGCCGCGUCGCCAAGACGCUCUGCGCAAGCAAUGUCAACCGAAUCGUCGCCGCAAAGCACCUGAGUACCACUGCCGUCAAAACACCAAAACAAAGCGCAACACCCCCAUCGCAAGCCGAGGAAACAACCAACAACACACCCACAGCACCCACCACACCCAAAACCCACACCCCAACCCCCAUCGUUCUCCUCAGCCUCCCCGCGACGGAAGAAGACACGCUGGGCCUCUCACUACGGCACUGGCACCAAGGACAGUACGCGACGGCGCUCGACGAGCAGCUCCGGGGUCUUUCGUCGCCAGCGCAGAGCCUGUCGGUGCUGCGGCGCGAGGAGUCGGCCCUUUCGGCGCGACUCGACAAGAUGAGAACCACAAAACGGGGACAUGUCGGCUUCGACGGGGACGUGUGCGCCAUCGAGCACAUCGUGCUGGGUCGGCGCGAGGUGCUCGAGGCGCGCAUCGUCGAGAUGCGGGCGUAUGAGGACGGGCUGAAGGCGUACGAGGAUGAGCUGAAGGCGUACGAGGACGCGGUGAAGGCGAUCGCUGGGGUGCGGCUGUUCGGGGGCUUCUGGCUAUGA